UUCCCCACUCUCCACUGCUUUCCCAACACCACCGAUACCACUCGCCAAACACAAACCCUCCCUCCCUCCUCCACUCUCCGAUGGCCACUCCUCCCCACUUCCUCGUUCUCUUCCUCCUCCUCUUGCUCCAUCUAUUCUCCCACGCGGCGGAGGCGGACAACUCCACGUCCCUCAAAACCGCCGCCCCGAAUCCGUUCACCGCCAAGGCCGCCCUCAUCCGGUACUGGAACCGCAAGGUCCCCAACGGCCGCCCCCACCCGGACUUCCUCGUCUCCAAGCUCUCCCCCCUCUCCGCCCUCGACACCGCCUCCUUCUCCUCCCUGGCCGCCUCCAGCGGCGGCGGCAGCGCCCUCUCCCCCCGACUCCCCGCCCUCUGCGCCGCCGCCCGCCUCCUCUGCUCCCCCUCCCUCUCCUCCUCCACCGCCUCCCACCCGUCCGACUCCGGCUUCGCCGCCUACUCCGACUCCAACUUCACCAACUACGGCACCGACCGCGCUGGCGGCGCAGACUCUUUCAAGAACUAUUCCGCCUCUGAGAACCUCCCAAUCGACACCUUCCGCCGCUACAGCCGCGACUCCGCCGGCCACGACGACUCCUUCGCCGUCUACCAGCCCGACGGCAACGUCGUCACCGCCAAUUUCACCAGCUACGCCUCCGCCGCCACUGGCGGGGCCGGCGAUUUCUCCUCCUACGCCAGCGAAGUCAAUGUCCCUAACCUCAAGUUCACCAAUUACGACGCCGACGCCAACGGCCGUGUUCAGAGGUUCUCCAGCUACUCCGACGACACCAACGCCGGCGAUCAGUCCUUCGCCGGCUACGGCAAGCACGGCAACGGCAUCCCCCUCACCUUCAUCAGCUACGGCAACAACUCCAACGUCAUAAACUCCGAUUUCAACAACUAUGGCGAGGACGGCAAUGGCGCCAACGAUACCUUCACCAAUUACGGCGAAAAUGGUAACGUGCCGGAGACCACUUUCCGGUCGUACGGUUCCAGCGGCAACGCCGGAUCGGAGAAAUUCUCUAACUACCGCGACCAAGCCAAUGUCGGCGACGACAGCUUCACCUCCUACACCAAAGGGGGGAACGCCGGCUCCGCCGAUUUCAAGAACUACGGGAACUCCUUCAACCAAGGCAGCGACUCCUUCAAGGGCUACGGGGAGGGGUCCACCAACCACAAGAUCAGGUUCGCAUCCUACUCCGGUGAUAACGCCACCUUCAAGGGCUACGCCAAGACCGGCAUCAGCUUUAAGAGGUACCGGAACUCCUCCUCGCUCCCGUCCUCCUCCGCUGCCACAGCCGCCGCCGACGCAACGUUGGCGGCGCGUAGGAGGCCGACGAGCCGAUGGGUGGUGGAGCCGGGGAAGUUCUUCCGUGAAAGCGAGCUCAAAAAGGGGACGGUGAUGCCGAUGCCCGACAUCAGGGACAAGAUGCCGGCGAGGUCGUUCCUCCCGCGUUCGAUCGCCGGGAGGAUCCCGUUCUCCGCCGCCGAGGUCCAGCAGGUGUUCAAAAUCCCGGCGGACACGGCCCUGGGGAAGGCGGUGGAGGACACGGUGGCGGAGUGCGAGCGGCCACCGAGCCGCGGCGAAACGAAGCGGUGCGCGACGUCGGCGGAGGACGUGAUCGACUUCGCGGUGAGCGUACUCGGAAACAACGUCGUCGUGCGGAGCACCGAGAGCACCGAUGGAUCCAAAGGUAACAUUCUCGUGGGAGAUACGCGGGGGGUGAAUGGUGGUAAGAUUACCAAGUCCGUGUCGUGCCAUCAGAGCCUGUUCCCAUUUCUGGUGUACUACUGCCACUCGGUGCCCAAGGUGAGAGUAUACGACGCGGAGAUCCUGUCCGUCCAAACCAAGAAGAAGAUCAAUCACGGUGUUGCCAUCUGUCACCUGGACACGUCGGAUUGGAGUGCGGGACAUGGGGCGUUCGUGGCACUCGGAUCUGGGCCAGGGAAGAUCGAGGUGUGCCAUUGGAUCUUCCAGGGUGACAUGACCUGGACGGUCGCUGAUUGAUGAUGGACUGGGUGGGUCCCAAUGAGGAAGGGAAAGAAGAAAAGAUAUGGGAAUAAUGGGGACUUUUGAUCCUCCGAUUUCCGAGUCAAGUUUCGGGUAGCAUUGUUUGUGGCCGUUGAUUUUGAAUGCAAAUUCCGCCCAAAAUAGGGCUUUUGAAUGUUGGUUACGAAAAUGUCUCAGCA